UGAAUAAUUAAAUUUUGGUCCUUGUUUUCUUGGCGCCUACAUCUUAAGAGUAAAUAAAAUAAAAUAAAAUACAAAAUACAAUACAAAUACAAUAAACUCUCAACACAGCUGCUGGAAAACAAUAAUUCAUCAGUCAAUGUAAGAUUUCAUUAUUUACAAAUCACUUGCCAUCUGUCAAACUUAUCUCAUUGUUCAAGUUCGUUUGACGUGUUCUUGAAUACCUGAUAUAAUUUGUCUAUCAUUUUACUGACAGAUUUAUAGUCCUUUCUAGGUAAAGACAUAGCACAAUUUACAUGUGCAAAUAGUCCCUGUACCCACUUAAUCGAUUAGCUUCAUCAAGGGCAUUUUUAAAUGUGGACUUUUGGAAUGUGUCACAGCUAAUACCAGUAUAUAAGCAUUUAGGUUUGCACCUUUUUUAGGUCAUUUCCUGUGGAGAUUCCCACACAGAUAAGAAAACCUGUUGCUUUUUUUCUGGAUAAACUGUAAGUCAAUUUAAUGUUUUAGCCCCAGGCGGAGAACUCAGAGAGGGUAAAGGUGAAGUUCUGUCUUCUCUAGCACGGAGGAGGACUGGCAGAUGCCUGGAGGGGAAUUUUGUCUAAGAACUUCCUGCAGGCCAGGCUUGUUCAGUAAAGGAGGCGUCUUAAAGUUUCUUCCAUCGAAAAAAAUCUGAUUGUUUCCACAAAGCGUAGGAAGGAAAGCGCUUAAGGAAGCAGUUUUCAGGAAGGACCCUGGAGGGACGCGAGAGAUCAAAGAGAACGAGGACCGAGAAGAGGGGCUGCGGAAAACUCCGUUUGUUCGGCUCGCAAGCCAGAGGCCAGUAAUCCGCUAUGGAGCGUGCCUUUACCCCGCUGGAGCCCCUGCUUCCCACUGGGAAUUUGAAGUACUGCCUUGUGAUUCUAAAUCAGCCCCUGGACAAGUAUUUUCGUUAUCUUUGGAACAAAGCUCUUUUAAGAGCCUGUGCUGAUGGAGGUGCCAACCGCUUAUAUGAUAUCACCGGAGGAGAGAGAGAAAGCUUUUUGCCAGAAUUCAUCAGUGGAGACUUUGAUUCUAUCAGGCCUGAAGUCAGAGAGUACUACACUAUUAAGGGAUGUGAGCUUAUUUCGACUCCUGAUCAAGACCUGACUGACUUUACCAAGUGCCUUCAAAUGCUCCAAAAGAAGAUAGAAGAAAAGGAAUUAAAGGUUGAUGUGAUCGUGACACUGGGAGGCCUUGCUGGGCGUUUUGACCAGAUUAUGGCAUCUGUGAAUACCCUGUUCCAAGCCACUCACAUCACUCCUUUGCCAAUGAUAAUAAUCCAAGAGGAAUCUCUCAUCUACCUGCUCCAACCAGGAAAGCACAGAUUGUAUGUAGACACUGGAAUGGAAGGGGAUUGGUGUGGCCUUAUUCCCGUUGGGCGGCCUUGCAAUCAGGUUACAACAACAGGCCUGAAGUGGAACCUCACAAAUGAUGUGCUUGAGUUUGGAACACUGAUCAGUACCUCCAAUACCUACGACGGGUCUGGUGUAGUGACUGUGGAGACUGACCACCCCCUCCUCUGGACCAUGGCCAUCCAGACCUAACCCGCUGACGGUGUCCACGGGGUGCCUCUACCUCACCUCGUCUACCAACAGUUGCUUGUGCCACAAGAACUCUCACCUGGGUUUGCAGGAAUCUAAACCUCUUUAUGGGAAGUCCACUAAUGUUAAAGAUGUCAUGUUUACGUAAUCCAGGUAACAUGAUGAAAGAUAGAUUUCACCUUUACAGUAAUUGGAAAAUUAUGUGUUAAGAAAGCAAAUAAGCUCUAUUACAUUCAGCUGGAAAGCUAAUAGGGCUCAUUCCAUUGUAAAAUUCAGUACUGACUAUUCUUAUUAUCCUGGAAAGUGUUUUUUAUUUGGAGCAGGGAAAACCCUGUUGAGGUUCCUCUUGAAGUCUAGCACAUCUUUGAAUGUCUAACAACAAGGGCUACCUCUGACUAGCUUUGAAUAUUAGAUUCAUCUAUAUAUUUCCUCUUACUGGAAAAACAAUCCUUCCAGAUUGAGAUGUUGGAACUCUACAUUUCACUCUGGCCUUAUUUCUGUCUUUGGUAUUAUCUUUUAAAAAUAAAUUAAGAAUCACUGACCUAAUCGUUAUCUUUGAAAACAGGUAGUUAUAUAAACUGUAGGUAAAAAGAAAAAUGAUAAGAUAAAUGAUAAUUCACAAAGCUCUACCAGAAUGUUAAACCCCGAACUCAAAAAUAAAUAUAAUAAGCUUUAGUAGGGUGACAGUUCUCAUCAUCAUUAUAACCAGGACUAAAACAGUGCGGAGGAAACUUAAACAUAAAAUUUAAAUUGUUUCUGACUUACUUCAGAAUGAACAAAUAGUGGUUCAUAGACCACAAGUGUAUUCAGAUUACCAAAAAAUGAGUUUGUCCAUGAGGAUAAAUGAAUGUCACAUAUCAUGCAGCCUAGGUCUGAAGCCCGUUUUCUCAUCCCAGGCUGCCAUUCCCCUAAGUAAACUAGAAGGAGCUGGACUGAUGGUGUCUGAGCUCCUUCCCACUCCCGAAUUCCAAACACGGGCACGUGGCAGUCGUAAGGCAGAUAAAACAAUCGAAUACUGACUUCGGCAGCCUAAACAAGCUGGUACAUCAAACUGCAUUCCUCUCUCUUUCACAGUGAGACUCGUCUGUCUUCUCCGCUCCCCUUUCUGUACCACCACUGCCGUACAAACCAUGAUUUAAGGAGCGCCUCCCACACAUUUGAUACACACACAUCCCUGACUUGCUGUCAGGGAAGGGAGCAGCAACUGUUUUCUGUUGGUGCUGCAGUGCUGCCCAGCUCCGGCUGUCCGAGAACAGAAGCGGGGUGGCUGAAGUGACCGUGGCAUUCUCCGCAUUUUUAUUACUUUCUACUUCACUAGAAGCUGGGGCUCAGCUGUGUUUCCCUCUUAAGUUUCUGAAGACUAGCUUACAUAUAUUCAUUAUUAGAAAUAUACUCAUAUCAUGUAAAAGAAAUACAUCCACCAUUUAAAAAUUUUACUACCAAAGCAUGCAUAUCCUAUUUGCUCUGAAAACUGUACCAAUGUUAAUCAAUGGCUACUUACCAAAAAAGAAUAUGGUUUACUAAAGCUUAGCCAACAUUGAGGAAGGAAAAAAUUUUAAAAAUAAAGCUUUUUUUUUCCUGGGGAAAAAAAUGCUGAUUGCAUCUAUACUGAACAUGUGCAGACUUUAUUCCUUUUCAUUAUCCCCUAAACAAUAUAGUAUUACAAAUAGUUACACAGCAUUUACACUGUAUUGGGUUUUAUAAGUAAUCUAGAGAUGAUUUAAAGUAUACAAGAGGGUGUGCAUAGUUUAAAUACUGACACCAUGUCAUUUUAUAUCAGGGACUUGAGCGUCCCAUCCAUGGAUUUUUGGCAUCUACAAGGGGAGGGCAAUUCCUCAAACCAAUCUUCUGUGCAUACCCAGGGGCAGUUGUAUUUUACCCCUUCCCAUUUUUAAAAAACUACCCAAGUCUCACUUUAUGCACUUCUUCAUUGUAUCAUUUAAGUGUCCAUUAAUUAUUGUUUUUAUAACAUUGUGAGUGUGCAGGUGCGGGACUCCCAGUUGUAGCCAGGGACCUACCUAAGCCUCCUAGGCCAUCCCUCUUCUCUCCUGUUGAAACCUCCCACCUGUAGCCUUAAAAGAGAAACUACAAGUUAGACCAUGCCGGCAAAGUAAUCUGUGACCCUUGACCCUUUUGGCUUCAAUCUGUUUCUUCACUCCAUGGGUCAGAUUUAUAGCUUAUAUAAAUCUAGUAACUGUCAGCCCCAAAUAGCCUCUGGCUACCUAAAUCACUGAUUAGUGAAAGCAUGCUGUAAUCACCCUUCUGUUCAGGCAGGAGGAAAAACUUGAAAAUGGCUGCAGCUACUGAAAUCCUGGCUGGAGUCACGGUGACUGUGAGCCGUGGUAAGUGUGUGUGCAGUCUGAGGCCCUGGGGCUGGAGGGGCGUGGGGCUGGCAGAGCCAUACAUUGUCACUCCUUUUUCUCGCCGGGUGAGAACUCGGUCCAUUCACUAGUUGCAGGGAGGCUCUAGGAGCAAAGAGGAGGCAGAUGCGGCCCAGGCCUUCAGAAAGGUAAUGCCCCGCAUCUGCGCCAGGCUUCUGUGUGCAUGGAACGCAUUCUGCACCGUGCUUCCGAGUGUGGUGUGGACCUUGCUUACCGCUUCUGUUCACACUCUUUCUAAAGCUUUACUUGAACUACUGAAAUAAACAGCACAUGGAUUUGGCCUGAUUAGGACUGAUGAUGUCUGUCAAGUCCAUUAGCAGUUAGAAACUAUUCUCUCCUCUGAGGCUCUGUGAUUAUACAAGAGGUAUGGUCUGAGGGGUGACUUUCAAACUCUAUUUACCACAACCCACUAGAAAUACAUCUUACCCUGUGCCCGAGUCCACGGACACACAUACAGAUAUAUGCAGUGUUCUCUGAUACUUUCAUUCUAAAUUGAACAACAUCCAGAAAUACAUUCUCGAUUUAUUUUUUAAAAAUACCUACAGGAAGAACAAAAUGCAGGAAAGUACUUUAAAAAAAUUUUGUAUGUGUAUAAAGUGUAUAAGUGAUCUGCACUGAGCAUAGAUUUCUUUAAUAAAUUUGGGGAAAUAGGUGUAUAAUUAUGAAAAUCUUCACCAUCAAAGGAUUAAGAUAGUCUAUCAUUAAAUCAUUUUAAUAAUGUGUUUUGAAAUGUAAAUUAUUUAAGUGAAUUAUUAAAAACUGGCAUAUUGAGCAAGAUUUCAACCUGGUUGCCUCAUAUCUUAAUCAAGUUGACUCUCACACACAUUUUUCUUUGUCUCUGUUUCACAGCCUUUAUCAUUUUCUAAUAGUGUUUUUUUUUUUUUUUUAUAUGUGUGUUAAGAGGAAAAACCUACCAGUGGCCCCAGGCUGAAUGUGGUCCUAUUUGAAAAUAAAAAAACUCAAAACUCCAUUAGGAAAUGGCGGGGGGGUACUUCACUAUUUAAAUUGCUUCUAGAACAUUCUAUUCAGAAUAAAAUAAAUGAUCCUUAUGCCUGUGGAGAUUAAAAUUGAAGCUGCAAGUUCAGGCCAUUCCCAGGGAGUCAGUAUGUACAGACUGGAAAAUUCCCAGCAUCGGCAGCCCAAGUCCACCUUGCUUGCCCACAGAUUUUACUUAUCAAUCAUCAUUUUCUUUUCUGAUGAGCCCCAACCAGAGCCUCAGAAUCCAUCUCAAAACAGUUCUCUAGACAGCCGUGAUCAAUUAUUCUCCCCUUCAUGGGCAUCCCUGGAGGCGCAAAGCUAAUGUCUGAUUUUACCACUGUACGCAGACGGCUCUGGUUACAGUCGGGAAAGAGGGCCUGCCAACAUUGCUCUUCUUCACAGUAAUGGGUGAGGAAACAGAUCCAAGGACUUGUUUCCUGUGUAAUUAAUUCUAUCACUAAAAGCAAGAACUUUGUACACAGCAAAAUAAAAACUAAUUCCAUCCCUGCCGAUAACUGGAAAAUAGGGCCCUGAGAUCCCCCGUAACUUGAGAAGUAAGAAAUUUCUCACAAUAGACCCAUAGGUGGUCCCUGAGAAUCAAAACAUCUAAGGUUGAUAAUACUGAGUUAGUCCCAUAGUCAAAAGAACUGACAAAAGGUUACAAAUCACACCUUAACAUUUAUUUCUUUUAAACAUACUUUGAACAUACUAAAGACUACUGAAUAUUUAAUAGCCCACUUUAUUUUUGAACAGUAAACAUGGGAAAUGAUAAGUAUAAAAUUAUACAAGAAUUGAGCAGAAUUCCAUCUGAAUGGCAGAAUUAACUUUGUGUUAAGUUGUUUGACAUUGUGAAUCCUCUGGCCGAAUAUGAACCCCUUUUGGGCUCAGAUUUGGUCGCUCUUGGCAUCUGCUAUGUCCCCUGCUCCUUGAAUAGGGCCUUCUCUGCAGCCGGCGUGCAGUAAAUAUUUGUGUAGUUAACACCUGUGCGUGCACUGACUUCCCCGCUCAUACCCGUGCUAACAGAAUACACUGCAUGGCUUCCCUGGUCCCUGACAACUAUUGUUCUUUUCCUUUCUUGGCCCCUAACUAUCCCAGCUUUAAAGGAGAUAACAGAGAGUCACUGACUGAUAAUGGUUUGACUUACGAUGUUUUGAAUCCUCACUGGUAUGGGUUCAAAACAUAGCACUCUGGGACCAGUCGAAAGUGAAAUGUUAAUGGAAGUUCUUCUGACAAACAAAAACUGACAUGCCACUUUCACACUUUCCACAGAAUCAGUCAUUCAGGAAAAGAAAAAGAAAGGAAAUACAUGUAAUACCAUAUUAGGAACAUUGAAAGUGGACAUAUAUGCAAAUUGUAUUUUUCAAAGAUGUGUUUGGGAUAUGAAAACUGUGUAGAAAAAUAAGCUUAAAAAUGGUUUAUGUAAAAUAAAAGAUUUUUUGACUUUAUAAUAGUGUAAAAGCUAUACACAUUCAAUAGAAACCAAACUUUGAAUUCUGACUUUUGAUUCAAAAUUCUUUAUAACUUUAUUAUAAAAUAGACUUUGUGUUGCAUGAUUGCGUCCAAUCGUCGGCUACUGUAAGUGUUCUGAGCACAUUUAAGACAGGGAAGCUAAGCUGUUAUGUUCAAUAGGUUAGAUGUAUUAAGUGCAUUUUCAACUUUUUAUGUUUUCAACUUAACAAUGGGUUUAUCAGGAUGGGACCUCAUUAUAAGUCAAGAAGUCUCUGUUUGCUAAAAUUGCCCUUGAACAUGUCCCUCAGUCCUACAGUGCUAAAGAUAAAUGUUCUAAUUCUACAUUAGAUAGAUCUGGUUAGAUUCUCAUUGGAUCACAUAUCUGAAGAAGAAAGUAAUGUCCAAAAGGCCAAGGCCAAGCUUAAAAGGCAUCAUCCAAGGCAAAAAAUAUUCCGUUAGUAACAAAGGGAAGUGGAAAGGCCAAGGAAUUUCAAGUUAUUCAAAAUAAAUAGAUAAGGGAAAGUGAGAGCCUGGAGUGAUGACAAAGGACUGGAACACUGAUGGGGUUAGGAUCGAGGUCAAAGUUAAUGUGAAGAGUGGGGGUUGGGGGGGUGUUUGUUUAUUUAUUUAUUUAUUUUACAGUUUGGCUGGGGCCAGGUUCAAACCCACCACCCUCGGCAUAUGGAGCUGGCACCCUACCCACUGAGCCACAGGCAUCACCCUGUUUUGGGUUUUUUUUUUUUUUCCGAGACACAGUCUCACUACAUUGCCCUUGGUGGAGCGCUGUGGCAUCGCAGCUCACAGCAACCUCUUGGGCUUAAGCAAUUCUCUUGCCUCAGCCUCCCAAGUAGCUGGGAAUACAGGCCUCCGCCACAACACCCGGCUAUUUUUGUUGUUGUUGUUGUUGUAGUUUUUAUGUUUGGCAGGCCCAGGCUGGAUUCGAACCUGCCAGCUCCACUGGGACCCUAGCCACUGAGCUAUAGGUGCUGAGCUGAAGAGUGGGUUUAAUUAGCCUGACCUAACAGGAAAAAUGGAAGAAUAAGAGGUUAAUAAAAAAUUUUCAGAGUUAGAAAUCUUAUAGCUGGAGAAGUUCCAGACUUAAAGAUUUAAGGCCUGACCAUAGCUGAGACUAGUUGAAGUAUUCCACAAAAAGUACAUGUUAUUUUCAAACACAGUAGAGCCUCCAUACUGACCAUCUCCCUACAUUGACCACCUCUGUAAGCUGACCUAAUUUUCUUAGACCAGACAUGCACCACAUGUACGUAUCAGUACAGUAGGCCUAGUUCCUUGUGUUGACGACCUCCAUGUGUCAGUAAGCUUAUUAGAGCCUUGGGUGGUCAACUUACAGAGAGGUUCUACUCUACUUUGUACCAUGGCAUUCAAUUCUGAUGUUUUGGUGGAUUUGUGUUUAAAUCUACUUGUUGCACGAAUUAAACUUUUAACAUGCAUAUGAAAUUAGCCUGAGGACUCUAAAACCAUAAAAAAGGAAAUGGUAUGUUGUCACCAACUGAACUAUGCACACUAAACCUUAUUAUUUGUGAUUUUGAUUCAA